CGGGUUGCUAUGGUAACCGGUGAACUAUGGAGGAGGACAACGCUGCCGCGGCUCUCGACAAUAUUGUGACAGAAUUUCACACAUACGAAGAUUUCCUCGACUCUCAAAUCACGUCGUUGGACUUGUAUUAUCUCGAGGAUGAGGAGUUGGCUCGCCAGCUGGUGGAGCUGGGCUACAGGGGCAGCGGAGAGGUCCUGAAGAGGGAGGAAUUUGAGACCAGGAAAGCAGCUGCAGAAGCCUCCAGGCUCUCCAAGAGGAGCCAGCAGAAGACCCUGGCGAGUGUGGGAAAAGAGCUGAAAGAUAACUUCCUGAAAGCGCUGGCGGAGCGAGAGGAGGCCAACCGUAGUGGGAAAAUGACUUCUAUUAUUUUCAUAAGGGACCGUAACGCUCUUGGACAGGAGAUCUCUGGCUAUAUCGACUAUUCCCACAGACUGAAGACAGAGGACUUUCAUCCAUACUUCAAUGGCAAGAAGAGGCUGCUGCCAAGAGCUACUGAUUUAAGCUUCUACAACUGGGAGACCCAGGUGUCCACGUCCAAUGUCAGCGCUAACUACCAGGUGAUCGCUGAGAACUCCAGUGGUCUGCUGUUUAAGAACAAGACAGACAGAAAGAUUCUCAAUGUGGACCCUAAGGCCUCACCUGGAGACAACUCGUCCAGGACGCCCCUCCAGUCUGAACUCUACAGCCAAGUCGUCAUCUAUGACCACAUCACCAGGAGGACCUAGCCAAUCACCUCUCACUGUUUCCUCCCACCACAUCACCAGGAGGACCUAGCCAAUCACCUCUCACUGUUU